AUGGUAGGUGGUCCUACGGGAUGCUCGUCUCCCGCCGAACCCGCCUCCUCGCCACCGCCUCGAUCAGUAAGCUCUGGCACCACGACGAACCCGAACACGCCCAGGCCGAGCCAAGAGCCCGAUGUUGAAGAUGAGAACGAGCUCGCGCAAGAUCUAGGCCACGCGAGCCCCGACCGACCGCCAACGGAAGCCGAAAGCAUUGCAACUACACCUACCAAUCCCCGCAACUCCCCAAGCCCUUCUCCAUCUCCCAAGAGCAGCAGCUCAGGCGCGCCGUCCCUUGGACACAUCGAACCAACAUGGCCCAAGAAGAUCGACCUGACCAAGAUCUCGGCUCUUGCGUCAUGGGGCAAAGGUCAGACCCUGCCCGGGCUGCUGUUCGACCUGCACUGGGUCCCCCCCUCCAACAAGGCCUUCCUCGAGCUGCGCGCCUCGGUCCAGCUCAAGCACGCCCCCGGCCGCCGCCGCGACGGCAGGACCAGCGUCUACCUGCACAUCUACCCGGAGCGCAUCACCCAGCUGACCCUCGACGCCUCGCCCGCCGACAAGAUGCUGGGUCACGACACGGUCGCGCUUGCGUUCACGUUGUCCAGGCCGCCGGUACUCGUGGUGCCGCCCACGGGGGAGUUUGAGCCGAGGAACAAAGCGUCGGGAGAUAUCAUUACGGCGCUGUUCGACCUGGCCAGACAGACGGCGUGGACGGUGUACGCCGCCGUCCCGCCUCGCAGCCUGUCCGCCGCGCGAUUACGGAAACUGUGCGAGGCCGUCUCCGAGCCGCUGGCGGGUAGCAUCGCUGCGUUGGCGGGCGCGGCGACGCUCUACCAGGGGCAGGGGGGCAAGAUCGUCGAGGGGGAUAGCCUGGGUGGUGGCGAGAGCGGUACCACUGGACACGGUCACGAAGUGCAGCACGACGACCCUCCGGAAUACGAGGAGUCAGGCUCUGCCCCAGUAUACCACCCCUCCCCCGACAAGGGCAAGAAGCGGCUUCGGCGAGGUAGCACCCCCGAGACAUCUCGUGAACAGAAACAACCAGCACCCGCAGCAGACAUGGACAGCCUGCUCGAGUCGCGGCUGUCGGCCCUCGAGCAGCGGCUCGGCGACGCACUCGCGGCGCACAGGAAAGAGAUGGUGGAACUCGUCGGGCAGGCCGAGGCGCGGAUACUGGAGACGCUGCGCAGGGAGAUGGGACAGCAGGCGGCGGAGGCGGAGGAGGCGCUGGGCAGGCGGGUGGCGGAGGAGGUGGGCGAGCUGGAGGAGACGGUGAUGCGCAACAUUAGCGAGGCGCCGCUGCGGGCUACGCUUACCUUUCCGCAGCACCCUUGGUAUUAG